CUUCCUUUGUCUCCGCGUUCACCGUCGCGUUCUCUCAUCCCGGCUCCUCUCCGCUGCACCUCCACGCUUGCUUCGGCCCCUGCUCGAUUUUGCUUUGCCAUGUCUGCCGCGUCUACCACCCCCGCCACGUCAGCAACCGCGCCGGCUCCUGCCGGCCUAAGAAUGCCUCGCCCCCACCUCAAUCAUUUCCUGGAAAUCACGAACGCCAAGCUGCUGAAGAUGAUGGGGAAUGGUUUGGUGAGGCAGGAGGAUGAGGCGGCGCUGGCAGAGGAGAUUCUUGGAGAGUUCAUUGAAUGUGUGUACGGGGCGGUCCAUGCAGUUGUGAGCGGUCGGACGGCGGGCGAGCCUCCCGAGCAGCGGCCGAUGGUGCCGCUGUUCCUGCUCUCAGCGAUUCUCGAGCUGGACCACUCGCCGAGGGAAGGCCUCAAACUGUCCCGCAUCCGUCCGGACGAUCCACGGGUCCUCACCUCGGCGUGGCGCAAUCCUCGUGCGCCGUCUGGCCUCCCUGAACGCCCUCGCUCGCCGACCCCCGUUCCCGGCCCGUCUCGUCAGCCUUCGACGACGGUGCGCUUCCAGGACUUAGCGGCGGAUUCCGACGGUGAGGAGGAGGUCCCGGUGAAGGAGGACGGGAUGGAUGUCGACGAGGUCGAGAAGACCCCACCUCGCAAGACUAGAAACACCGCGUCGAGCAAGAAGAAGCCGGGCCCUGGACGGACCGAAUCGUCGGGUACCAAGCGCAAGCGGGCGCCGACUCCUACGCGCAAAUCAAAGGGCAAACAGCGCGCGCGAUCACCCGAGGAUGAGCAAGGCGACAACGAGCGGGCGGCUGGACAUCUGGACGAGGAGACCGAGCAAGAGGAGGAGGAGAUGGAUGAGGAGGAACGCCCGAAGAAAAAGCGGGCAAAAGGCUCAAAGCCGCCGAAGGGCAUCCUCGUGAAGAAGACAGAGGAGGUCCACGGCGAGCGGGCCAAGUUCGAGAUGGAGUACGUGCGGGGAAGGUUCGGCAGCUCGUCCACCGGCCCGGACCCAUGCACGCAAUGCAAGGGUUUCCCUUGCUAUAUCUCAACACCGGACGGCUACGAAUUCAAGAAGGACGGCACCAUGAAGGACCCACCGCCGGCAUGCGACUAUUGCAACGUCAAGAAGGUGAAGUGCGAGCCCAUCGACACCGAGGGCACGUUUAAGCCCAAGAAGUCCCGCGGGCAGUCCGAGGGCACCGACGAGCCGCAAAGCGAGGCGGAAGCUCCGCCCACGACUGACGACGAGUCGACCGGGCUGACACUGCCUCGGUCACGUCUCACGGCAGCCGGCGCAGCUCUCGACGGCGGGUACACCUUCUCGGCGACCGACAACCAUCGCCAAGAAGGCUGGCAAGAAGGGCAGAAGGCGGUCAAACAACCGCCGGCCGUUACGCCGGCGCCUCAGGAGAACGCGGAGGCUGGGCCCAGCUCUGAGGUCCAGCAGAAGCCCGUGCGUACGAGGAAGACGAAGGGUCCUGCCCGGGACGUCGCCGACAUUCUCGCUGACAGGAAGCGUGAGUUGGUGGAGUUCGGGGGCCCGAUCGAUGUCCUCCAGGAGGACGACCUGAAUCCAACACUCGCGCGCUGCGCAUCCGCGAGCUCCAAUCGAAUGUCCGGGACCUCCGGGAGCGGCUUGAGUCGAUGGAGGCCAGGGACCGUGCUAUGCGAGCACGUCAGGAAAUUCUGCGAGAAUGUGGACUACCGCGAGCUCAUCAAGGAGAUGCUGGAAGAGCAUGAGCCGGCCGACCAGAUGUUCGUCGGCGCGGUUCCUCAAUAUCCCGGAGGUGCAGACCCGGGCCCCGCGUAUGAAUCGGACGACUCGUCCACUGAGUCGCAUGGUGACCUCGGCGAGUCCCCACCCGGUGCGCAAGACGUGCCGGAGCCUCGCGACGAGGUGACUGACCCUGUAGAGGUCGCCGGUCCCGCAUCCCCAGCCCCUCCGCCGCCGAAUGACACUGUGGCCGGAGGUCCCGAGGUCCCUGCUGGGCACGACGAGGUGACCGGCUCCGCCGCUGGGCCCAUGUCCCCAGCCCCUCCACCCCCGAAGGUCACCAUGGGCAGGGGAUCUGACAUUCCUCCUGGGCAAGGCGAGGUGACCGGCUCCGCCGCUGGGCCCGUGUCCCCAGCCCCUCCGCCCCCGAAUGUCAGCAUGGCCGGCGGUCCGGAGGUGCCUGCUGGGCAAGACAAGGCGACCCCCAUUCCUGCUGGGAACACGCACGCGACCCCCCGGCUGUUCUGGAAGGUAUCCGAGCGAACUUGGCAAGCUCCGGCCCUCAACAGCACCCAAGCCAGCGUGCCGUCGUCAAUCCCCGAGGAGAAUCACCCGGCGAACGAGAAUGCGAUGGAUGUUGACGAGGGAAUGCGCCGGGCCAAGCAAAGUAAGGGUCCGAGUUCGUGUAGGCUGCGCUAA